AUGCCGCGGGGAAGGCAUGUCUGCGGACUGCUCCUCUGCUACGACUCCAGGGAUCGAACGACAUUUCUGCGAUGCUGGCAUAUACUCUGCCGUCAUCGUAUGGAUCGCCAUAUAGAGAUCUCUGGCUCAGAUGUUUCUUCCAAGGCGACACUUGCGUGUGUCCUCUGCGCGACAAAGAUCGAUGCAGGUGAGCCAGCGGUGCCGAAGGAGGAGGCCACGUCCUUUGCGGAAGCCAAUGGAUUGACCCUUGUGCAAACCUCUGCUCGAUCUGGCAAAGGAGUUCACGAGGCGUUCCAGACCCUGGUCGGGCUUGCCCUGGAUGCGGAGACGGCUCGCUUGGCGGAGCGCGCGGCUGCGGAGCAGCGAGGCAAGCUCCCUGCCGCGAGAAGUUUCGCGCUGCCGUGUGGGCUCGACGUCUGUACGGACCUCACCGGGAUGACCUCGCCUCCCGGAGCCAGACCCCGCGAGCCGCAGCGUGGCAUCCCAGCCACAGAACAUCUGGUGGAGGUGCUUGACAAGAAGGGCCAUGUCCUUUGUGGGCCACGUUCGCUGGCCGAGUGCUUGGAUGGUGAGCUGCUUCACCGAGCUGUCCAUGUCUGGAUCUGUGUGCCGCGAACAGGGGCCCUGCUUCUUCGGCGCUGGUCCCAGCAUGCGCCGAAGCAUCCAGGACGUUGGGGUCCUAGUUGCCAUUCAGAAGUUCGUUGCUACGGUGGUCGCGAUGGUCAUGCCAGCGAGGUAUCAACCCAGGCGGCGGAGCGUUGUCUGGUUGAGCUGGGAAUAGAUGCCGAAGCUGUUGGCGAGCCACGGCACUGUUUCUCAUGUGAAACCAAAGAUGGCAAUGCAAAGGAGCUCCUGGAUGUCUAUCUGGCACCCCUGGGGGGAGCCGGCUUGCGCUUGCCAGAGUUGAUGCUGCAAGAAGAUGAGGAGGUUGACUGGGUGUUCUUCAUGCAUGUCCUAUCGCCAGCUUUCGUAAGCAGCGGGCGGCUGUUCCAUUACAGUGACGUGUACAGAAGGGCUCUGGCGAGACGACUGCGCGAUUAUGCAAUUCCUGAGGAUGUCUACAAUGCUUUUGCUUUGGAUCUUGAUGCGGAAGUCGCCGGCCCUGCUCUGGGCGUGUCCUCGAGAGAUCUGCCGUUGCCUGUGCCCUCUUCAAAGGGUCGGCCAGUGGUUGCCUGA